AUGCAAGAGGAGGAGGUGGAGUGUCCCAAUGAAGAAGAUGGCGAAGAAGAGAUGAAAGAAACAAAGAAUGAGAGUGGAACCAAGUUUCCAAAGCUAUGGAGUGAAGAAGAUGAGAUUAGUUUGGUAAGUGGGUAUUACGAGUAUCAAGGAAUAAAAGCCAAAUCCGACAUUGGUGGAUUUUAUGAAUUCAUAAAGCCUCGACUCAUCCGUAGCUGUGUGAAGCAAUCUCAAGUUUCAGAUAAGAUUUGUCGUCUAAAGAAGAAGUUCAUGGAGAAUUCAUCCAAAUUUGAACACAAUACCCACAACACUCCUCACCUCCAAACACUAUUUGAACUGUCCACCAAAAUUUGGGGCAGUAUGGUAUGUUCGAAGUUUGAGGUGUCCAAUGAUUUAAUGUGCGAAGAAUUUGAUGGCUUCCUUUUCCAUGAAGGAGUGGAUGUUGAGUUGUUGGAGAGUGAGAGAGUGAGAAGCAUGAAGAGGAAAUUUGGGGAGGUCCAGCUUUGUAGAAGCAGAUUCGAGUACAAGCAAGCCAAACUUGCCAAGAACAUGGAAAGGCUGAAGUAUGAUCAUUAUAAUAGGGCGUUGGUGAAGUUCUUUCCUUGA